AUUUAUUACCAGGCCUCCACCCAGCCUGGUGGACUUUCGACUCCAAGCCGGAGUAAAGAGAACCAAACACAGUUCCAGGAGCCAGGGGUGCCUGAGGAUGGCCAAGUUCCUUUCCCAGGAGCAAAUUAAUGAGUACAAGGAAUGCUUCUCCCUGUAUGACAAGCAGCAAAGAGGGAAGAUUAAGGCCACAGAUCUCCUGGUGUCCAUGAGGUGCCUGGGGGCCAGCCCCACACCUGGGGAAGUGCAGCGGCACCUGCAGACUCAUGGAAUAGACAAGAACGGAGAACUGGAUUUCUCCACCUUCCUGACCAUUAUGCACAUGCAAAUCAAGCAAGAGGACCCAAAGAAAGAAAUCCUUCUGGCCAUGCUGAUGACAGACAAGGAGAAGAAAGGUUACAUCAUGGCGUCUGAGUUGCGGUCGAAACUCAUGAAACUGGGAGAGAAGCUCACUCACAAAGAAGUGGAUGAGCUUUUCAAGGAAGCGGGCAUCGAACCUAACGGCCAAGUGAAAUAUGACACGUUUAUCCAGAGGAUCACCCUGCCCGUGCGAGACUACUAGGGAGCCGAGGUCAAGGGAGCAGAGGAUGACAGCCUCCGGGGCCUGAAAACCUGGACUGAAGGUUUUUGUAAGGGAAGUCUAGAGAUGGCGAACACAGCAGUAAGACCACAUGGCACAACCCCUGCAGGGGGUGAAUACCAAUAAAUGAUGUGGCCAUGUACUGGUUGCCUGUAAGAGGAGGUCUGUCUGGAUUUCCGUACUAACAUUACCCAGCCCUUUGCAGCAUGGACGGGCUGCCUCUGCAACGUCAUCCCCCUCACCCACUGUACUUCUCAAAGCCUUUGGACCUCACAAAGAUGACGAUGAUGACUUGAAAAUAAAUGCGUGGCAACUCAAG